CUCUGGGAGUCUCAUAUCCUUCUCAGCUCGAAUUCCCAAAAGCUGCGACCAACCAUGGCGGCUUACGACUACGACGAGCCCUCGGCGACUCACCGCCAAGCCUCCUCCGACGCGCCGUCGCAGGAGCCCGGAUACGACCCGAACCACGUCCCAGACUCCGUCAAAUCCUUCGUCGUCCACCUCUACCGCCACAUCCGCGAGAAGAACGUCUACGAGAUCCACCAGAUGUACGAGACUUCGUUCCAGGCGAUCUCCGAGCGGUUCUUCAAGGACACGCCGUGGCCCUCCGUCGACGCCGUCGCGCACUACGUCGACAACGACCACGUGUUCUGCCUCCUCUACCGCGAGAUGUGGUUCCGCCACCUCUACGGUCGGCUCCAGCCGACGCUGAAGCAGAGAAUCGACUCCUGGGACAAUUACUGUAGCCUGUUCCAGGUGGUGCUCCACGGCGUCGUCAAUAUGCAGCUGCCGAAUCAGUGGCUGUGGGACAUGGUUGACGAGUUCGUGUACCAGUUUCAGAGCUUCUGCCAGUUUCGGGCUAAGAUGAAGAACAAGGCUGAGCAGGAGAUCGCUCUUCUCCGCCAGUUUGAUCAAGCUUGGAAUGUGUAUGGAGUGCUUAACUUCCUGCAAGCUCUGGUGGAGAAGUCGGCGAUUAUUCAGAUUCUGGAGCAGGAGAAGGAAGGCUUGGAGCAGUUUACGGCCACGGAUGGGUAUGAUUAUGACGGUGGGAGUAAUGUGUUGAAGGUGUUAGGGUAUUUCAGCAUGGUGGGGCUGCUGCGUGUGCAUUGUCUUUUGGGGGAUUAUCAGACUGGUCUGAAAUGCCUGCGGCCUAUUGAAAUUACUCAGCAAGGGGUUUAUACAACUGUGAUUGGAAGCCACAUUACCACCAUAUAUCAUUAUGGUUUCGCCAAUCUUAUGUUGCGGAGGUAUGUGGAGGCAAUUAGGGAAUUCAAUAAGAUUCUAUUGUACAUCUACAAGACCAAGCAAUAUCAUCAGAAAUCUCCACAGUAUGAGCAGAUUCUGAAAAAGAAUGAGCAGAUGUAUGCCUUGCUGGCAAUUAGCCUGUCACUAUGUCCCCAGAUUAAGCUUGUUGAAGAAACAGUGAACGCUCAGUUGCGUGAGAAGUAUGGUGAAAAGAUGAUCAGAAUGCAAAGAUAUGAUGAUGAAGCAUUUGCAAUCUAUGAUGAGCUCUUCUCCUAUGCAUGUCCCAAAUUUAUUACUCCAUCUGCUCCCAGUUUUGAGGAGCCUCUUGUUAAUUACAACCAGGAUGCGUAUAGACUUCAGUUGAAACUUUUCCUUUAUGAAGUGAAGCAGCAGCAAUUACUGUCAGGUGUCCGGACUUUCUUAAAAGUAUACUCAUCCAUCUCCCUUGGGAACCUUGCCAAGUAUAUGGAAGUGGAUGAAUCCAAGUUGAGGACUAUCUUGCUGACAUACAAACACAAGACACAUUCAGUUGACACUGAUGGAAAGACCAUUUCCAAUGCUGAUGUGGAUUUCUAUAUGGACGAUGAUUGGGUUCACGUUGUUGACUCAAAAUCACCAAAAAGAUAUGGGGAUUACUUCUUGCGUCAGAUUGUGAAGCUUGAAGCGGCAAUCAACGACCUGGACAGGAUAAAGCUGGAUUGAGUCCUCCAUUAAUUUCUAGUCUACUUCUCCCCUGCCAUUUUUUGCUCAUUUAGAAUUUUCCUAUGAUAAUUGGAGAAUUGGUUGUUUUGUUUGAAUUAGCCAUGCUUCAUGUGCCUGUCCUUUUGAUUUAGUGGAUGUGGUUAGCUGAAUUAGCUCUAUCUCAUUGUAAUCAUACCUGUUAUGCAUUUAUGUACUUGAUUUUGCCACCACACAAAUUUGCAAUUUAUUUAUGGAUGUGAUGCU